CAGAUUAAAGCAGCGCCGCCGUGGCCGCCAUCUGUUCCGCUGCUGCUCCCGUGAAACCCGAGCCUAGUAUCAACAUGGUGACCAAGAGGAUCCGCUCGGAGUACAUGAAGAAAUUCAAAGACCCCAAAUGGGAGACCUACGCUAAGUGUUAUGAGGAGAUGCUGAAGUACAGGCUGACCCGCAGACUGCUGGAGCACACACACAACCCCUGGUUCUGGAGCGGCACCGACAGUGACUCAGACUCCGGGGGAAGAAGUCCUCCACCCCCCAGUAAGAACCAGGUUCGGCCCGAGACCGGCAGAGAGAGGACGGAGGUGGAGCUGGAGGAGUGUGAGGGGGCGAGGAUGGACAGACAGCAGGAGCAGCUGAGCAGAGCCACCGGGACUGUACCCAGGUUCCCCCUUCAGAGGGAGGAGGAUGUGUCUGCAGGGCAUGGCUCACAGAUUAAAGGUGCCAGAGAGACAGAAGGACCAGAGGAGGAGAGAGAGGAGCAGACUCCCAGUCAAGACGGAGAGAGAGACACUGGAGGAACCAGACCAAGGCAGAGUAAACCCUCCAAAUCCUCAAAGCAACCAUGGCGCUCCCAGCGGGUCAGGCCUGCACCAACAGAGCAGCCCAGGGACGACAGUACGGACGGCAGACAUCCUUUUGCUCUGUACGGUUCAGGAGAGAAGGAUGCAGACAUGGCAAGCAGGAAGACACACAAUGUUGGCCCUGCAGCUUCGACCACUGAGAUCCAUGAGUCGGCUCUUCGUGCUAAGAUGAGGCGGGAGGUGGAUCGUCAGAUGCAGACCCAGAGGACUGAACGCAGGAGAGCCAAGUCUGCCGAUCUGCACAAGGCCAGCAAGUUGGUUCAACCGGAAUUCAAUCCCUGGAUCACCGAGUACAUGCGCUGCUUCUCUGCUCGCUCACGAUAGGACACACACAUAUACACACACUCAAAAUACUUACAUCCGGAAGAUUCCAGACAAACAUACUAAAUUAAAGCCAUCAUUGCCUAUCAUCCUUAAAGUUUAAAAAACCCAUAGCUGUAGAAAAGAGCAUCGGGUUUGAUUCAUACAAAGGCUCCAAAAUGUGUAUCACACUCACGUUCAGGAUGUAAACUGACAAAACUUUGAAAUUCACUGUGUGGCUUAUUCCCCCAGAUGUGUACUAUCGUGUUUUUACAUGAACCAAUUUUAAUAUGUAUAUACAACAAGAUCCAUUCUACAGGGUAUAAGAGACUGUUGUAAGAGCUGAUAUGAAAGUUUAAGUAAAAUUAAUGUAUUCGUCUGCCGUAAACAGAUAUUUUGAUUGGAAUGAAGGGUCUAAAAUGCUUUUAACAGCCAUACUUUGAUGCAGUCCUUUUAAACAGAGGCUGUACAAAACAUGUCCAUGUCUUUUAUUCAGGGAUAUCAAACCACAGUGGACUAACACAGGAGUAAUGAAGGCACAUGGCAGCAUGUCUGAAUAGAUUCAGCCACGUUCUUAAAAACUCUUCUGAGAUCUAAUGUGAGAACACAAACAUGAAGAAUGUACAUAUACAUAUAGUCAAAACCAAACACACUUACAGAAAUGUGUCUGUUAAAGAGUUUAACAACUUAUAGCUGUGACGUGGGUAUUGUAGAUUUAAUGGUUUGUGUAACAGUUUAUUGAUCAAUAUUAACUGAUUUGGUUGCAGAUUAAAAGUGAAUCACACUCCGUCAAACUCAAACUCUGUGUAAAAUCACAGUUGUGUGUUCUCACAAGCCACUUACGUGAUUGUGACAGGCGAUUGUCACUGCAGGGCUCGAAUGAACGGAGAGUGUUAUUGACUUUAAAUAGUUUCAUAACAACAUUUGUGUUAGUUCUCUACUUCGACCGACCUGGCGCUUUUGCAGUGUGAAAAUACGUGUUUGACUUCCAAAGCCAUUGGAUGACUGAACAAGGUCUUUCUGUGUUACUAUUGAUAUUGCAGAGUUUCUGUUACACACUGACUUGUCAUGUGACUCUUUCUACCACAAAAAAUGUCAUAUUAAUAAUGUCAUACAGCUAAUUCAGGUUCCUACUAAGCAUAACAAUCAAUUGUUGAGGCCAAAUAUCUUUAUCAUUACUGUUUGUGAAUAUGCUUUAGAACCAAAAGGUGAGCCAUAGCAACGAUGGACAUUAAGCUGAGGCCUAAAUGACCGUCAGAACACAGAGUACAUAUUGCUGAUUUACUGCUUGCUGUUGAAAGCAGCAUAUGCUCAAAAGCAGGAGCGACACAGCACUUUGAUAAUUAGUCACCUUUUGAAAUAAUGUGUAGUAAUUAUUGUAGAUAGAGAAUUCAGUGCUACCUAUAAGGCUAUUCAUGUUGUUUGUUCAUCAUGUGAAUCUCUGUUGUAUUUGUUCGUAUGUUUCUAAAGUCAGACAAUUGAAUUUGUACUUGCAUAAGAAAAACAAAAUUUGUCUUUUAAUCCUUUGUGUCAUGGAUCUGGUCUUUUCAUCAUCAAAUCCAUGAGAAUCAGGAUUUGAUCAAACCUUCUGUUUGUUGCUUGUGUCAGUAAUCAUGAUAACAUUAGCGCUGUGCCAUAAACACUAGAGAACAUACCUUUUUCUCCUUUGCACAACUAUAAGUAUUGAUGUUAUUGAUGUGAAUAUUGUGCAGAAAAGGAUGGUUAAUCUCUUGGUUGUUUGUUAAGUAUUAACUUACUUUAGUUUAUCGGUGUUUUUAGGUUAAACUGGAAUAUAGCUCAGACAAAGAUCUAUAUGUGAAAUCUUGUGCAAUAAUAUGAUACUUUGAAUAAUUGCAUUCAAGCCAGUUAUUUUUUUAGAUGUAGUGAAAAUUAGGUACUGACACCAAACUUUAAAGUUAAGAUCCUCUCAAUAUUGAAUUAACCAUCUUAAAUGUCAAAUUAAUUUCUAGGUUUUCUUGCUAAUGUAUAGCAGAGAUCCAUCACACCUAAAUAUUCCUUUAAAAGAGGACAUAGUCAUCACAUAUGAUCAUCCUACAUCCUAGUUUUUGAUCAAUAAGGCACCAGAAGUACUUAUGUUUCACCUCUUAACAAACUCCAGUGUAGAGUCUUGUUUUAGUGAAAAAGCUUCUGCUGUUCCUCUUAUAUUUGAUUGAUGACAUAAGGGCGGUAACAAUUACAAAAUACUGUUAAAUGGCAUGAUACUUUUUUAUGUUUAAAUGUUAGGCUUUAAACUGACUGUGUACAUAUGUUAUUUGGUUAAGAGGCAAGACUGUUCAAGUUAAAUGGUCUAUCACUUUUUUGCAUCUGUUCAUCUCUACAAAAUUGCACAUAUUCAGAAAACUUUAGGAAACUCUAAAGUUUACUCUAAAGAAUAACAUCAAUAAUGCAAUGGACCAUCUCCAAAAACUUGGAUUAAA